AUGUUCCAUAACAACAGAUACAGCAACAACGGCGAAUACACAGCCCUCAUCAGUGGCAACCGUGCCUUCAUUAAAGUCGAUGCAGUUGAUACAGGCAGCUACAACAUGAGCAACAAGGCAAAACUUGUUGCACGCGUUGGUCCACGCCAUUCAUUCAUGAACCACUCCACCGAGUUCGGUCUCAAGGAGCGCCCACAAGGCAGAUUCGAUUUCGAGUACACAGACCCAGAGCGUUCUUCAUUUGUCUGUGUUCUCUUCAAGAAGCACCUCUUUGGUGGUGACGAAGAGCUUGGUGAGAUCGAGCUCCGCCUCAGCGCAUUCGAGCCAAACACAGUUGUCAGCAAGGAGUACACACUCAAGACACCAAGCAGCAAGCACAUUCCAUGCCGCGUCCGCCUCAGUGUCCAUCUCAGUGAAGACGGCAGCAACGCCUUCUGCGCCCCAGCAGGUGGCAAACUCCUCGCUAACCCAGAGAUCCCACACAAGACAACUUACUUCAACUAA